UUGGUCCGAGCCCAGCAUGGAUGGAGCCAGGGGUCCUCUGACCUGUUCCGCUCUGGGCGUUUCAGCCCGACGUGCUGCCCGGCCAUGGAGCAGGUGGGAGCACACUCUCUUCUACCACAGUUACUGGCCCGGCUCCGCAUGGGAGAAUCCUCCAGCAAGUGAUUGGAUUUCAGAGCCCUUCGCCCCCUCAACUCCAAAACGGGGCUGUCUUGUGAUCUGGGGACUGAGCAAUGGUGACAUACCAAGUCUGUUCAGUCAGAGCGAAAACCUGGGGUCCAGUCCCCUAGCCCCGCCCCCAGGGGUCACACCUGGGGAUCAAGAACAGGGGCCAUGUAGAUCCUCCAGGCCUGAAGGCAGGAGCUGGCCCGGUACCCCAGAGGACAGCAAGGCUCAGGCACACAGGAUCCACAUCGAGCCUGAGGCCCAGGAUGGCAGUCCAACCACCAGCAGGCGGCCCUCAGCCACGGGGAUUGGCCCAGAAAAUGGCCGAUCUCCUUACGGGCAGUCACCUCGCCUCCCGGCCCCUCACAAUGGCAGCAGCAGUGAGGCAGCCCUGCUGGCCCAGAUCAGCAGCCUGCAUGUGUCUCCACUCCACAGCACUGACCCAGCCAGAGGCCUCCCGCGGAGCCGAGACGGCGGCAUCGACUUGGGCUCCGAAGUGUACCGGAUGCUGCGGGAGCCCGCCGAGCCCCUGGCCGCCGCGGAGCCCAAGCAGUCCGGCUCCUUCCGCUACUUGCAGGGCAUGCUGGAGGCCGGCGAGGGCGGGGAGCGGCCCGGGACUGGCGGCCCGCGGAACCUCAAGCCCACUGCCGGCAAGCUGGGAGCCCCGCUGAGCGGCCUGCAGGGGCUGCCGGAGUGCACACGCUGCGGCCACGGCAUCGUGGGCACCAUCGUCAAGGCGCGGGACAAGCUGUACCACCCCGAGUGCUUCAUGUGCAGCGACUGUGGCCUGAACCUCAAGCAGCGCGGUUACUUCUUUCUGGACGAUAGGCUGUACUGCGAGAGCCACGCCAAGGCGCGCGUCAAGCCCCCGGAGGGCUAUGACGUGGUGGCAGUGUACCCCAAUGCCAAGGUGGAACUCGUCUGAGCUGCUCCUGGAACACCCCCUCCCUGCCUCUGCUUCUUUUAAUGGCCUGCGCGGCUCGUGUAAAUAUGUUUGCCCCUCUAAUAAACUCCCUCUACCGGAGCUCGACCGCA